UAAUAUUUAUUAAUGAUUUAAUAAUCAAGCAAUUCUUAUCAAACUUAUCAAGUGUAAUUAAAGGAUCAAAUUACUAUGCUUGAAUUGAGAGCCUCAGAAAUUAAUCAAGACAUUAAGAAAGUAUAAUAACAUAUCAAUUUUAGAAAAGAAAAAUUCAAGGAGGUUAAGAUAGAUAAAACAAAUUAAAAAGUUUUCAAAAUCAAAUUGAUAGAAUCAAAUAAUUGUAUGAGGAUUUGCAUUAUUUAAUUAUAGAUGUAUAAAAAGUUUGUAUUUUUUUAUAGGAUAAGAAAUGGUAAAAAUUAUUGGCUCUUUUGGAGAUUAUGUAUUCAAAUUUAGAUAAUCCUGAACAUGAAACAGAAAUUAAUUAAGUAAAAAGAUGAUUAAUUCUUUAGAUUAUUAAUUAAUUGUACUAAAACAAAAUAGUGCAAACUUUAUGGAAUGAUCGAGUCUUGUAAUCUAAUAGAUUAACAAUUGAGCCUUUUGAUUAAAAAGCUGCAACUCAAUAAGCAUAAUUGGUAGAUCAAAAUUCUGCUGCAUACAAAAUUAAAAUGAUGGAUUUUAGUUACAAUGAUAGACCUUAGAAAAAUGAUUAUUAUUAACCCCCAACUUUUAAGGAGAAAUUAAAUUUAAAUAGUUUACUACCUAAAUACAAAAUGCUACCUCAUUCUGUUUUCAGUUAAUUAUCAUGUGAUACAUUAUUUUAUGUAUUCUAUUAUCACAAAGAACCUACUGAAUAAUAAAUGGCAGCAAGGGAAUUAAUUAAGAAUUAAUGGAUUUACAAUACUAAACAUGGAUUAUGGAUGAAGAAAGAUAAACACUUUUAGUAUGUAAUACUUUAGUUAUAUAAAUUAUAGAAAGAGGAAGAAAAUGAAAAAGUUCUUAAAGGACCUUUCUUGUAUUUUGAUUUUGAACUAAAAUGGUAGCAGAAAAAAAAAUAAGAUUUUGCAUUUAAGAAAAAACAUAUAUUACAAUAAGAAUUAAUUUAAUGA